AUGGUACUGCGCGUAGUACUGUCAGACAGCAAUAAGCCUUGGAGGGCCUGUAUUCCUGCUUGGCAGGAUGGAAGUUUUCACUUCGAUCAUCAUCCUGUCGAAUCGGCAACAGGUUACACUGAUUCUGUCGAAUAUUUAAAGUUCGAUGUCUUCAGGUCGCUCGAGAACCAGUUAGAAUCUAUUUGGAACUCUGUUACUGACUUUACCGUCAACUGGGCAUUAAAUAUCUCUACUGAUAUAUCACAUUAUAAACUGGAUGACCCUUCAGGCAAUGCAUGGUGCACUAUCGAAAUGUGUACUGCAGUGAUCGUUGUCUCUCUCCCUGGACUUAAAAGCCUUUUCGUACAAUCGAAGUCCCCCGGAAAUACAUCAGACCGUAGUACCAACGGUUACAUUCAUACGUCCUCACGUCAACCAUCUAGCAAUAGGUCCUUUGCAUCACGGGCCCGUAUUGAUGAGGAAGCGUUGGGUGACGAACUAGAGCUGAUCUCUUAUGGCCGGAAUUCGGCACUAGCUACAACCAGAACGCCCAAUGAAACGCGGAAACCGGAUAUCGAGGGAACUGUCGUGGUUACCACUGAUUUCACAGUCACCCGAGAAUUGUCUGGCGGUCCCAACUAG